AUGCUUCUAGGCCUCCUCUUUUCUUCGGCUUUACUGUCUCUAAUCCUAGCGGAGAAUGCUGGCGAAAAGACGGUACCGGGAUACUUGCGAAGCUUUGUGAAAGUAUUGUCUGAUGAGGAGCUUGUUGCAAAUGAUCCAAUUGCGCUAGAUACUCCAAUUAAUGACUCAUGUCCACCAAUCAAUUUUGCGGCAGGAGAUAUACCAGGAAAUUGCUCUAUUGGAGAUGCUCCUAGAUAUGUUGUGAAUGCAACGACACCUGGAGAUGUUGCCAGAGGAGUGGAUUUCGCCAGGAAGAAUAAUACUAGAUUGGUGAUUAGAAGUACUGGUCAUGAUUUAUUGGGCAGAUCCACCGGAUAUGGCAGUCUGGAGAUCUGGAUCAGAUAUCUUGAACAAGGUAUCGUCUUCCAAGAUACUUAUUCACCUUCCGAUGGUUGUAAAUCUUCGAAUUGGGAAGGAAGUGCGUUUAAAAUUGCUGGAGGUUAUGUCUGGGAAGAUGUCUAUGCAGAGGCCACGAAACGGAAUGUAAUCGUUGUUGGAGGUGGAGAUCCAACUGUAGGAUGUAUUGGAGGAUGGGCCCAAGGAGGAGGUCACUCCCCAGCAUCCCGCGAUUAUGGCCUUGGUGCCGAUCAAAUACUCGAAGCUGAGGUAGUUCUUGCGAAUGGAGAAAUUAUCACUACAAACAAGUGUCAAAAUCAAGACAUAUACUUUGCCAUCCGAGGUGGAGGAGGUGGCAAAUUUGCUGUGGUCGUGUCAACUACUAUUAAGGCGUAUCCAACGACAUCGAUCUCUGCGCAAACACUGGCCAUUGCACCACUAACCGAUGCAGAUAUUCCGGGUUUCAUGGCGGCCUUGGCAUUGAUAUGUUCUGCGUAUCCAGAUCUAAAUGACGCCGGUCUAUCUGUAUAUGGAAGUUGGGCUGUACAAAGCUAUGCACCUGUUGUUGACAAUUUUACAACUGGCUACGAACAUGCUCUGGCUGUGUCCAAAAAGUCCCUUAGCGAAACCAAAGCCAUGUUUGCACCAGUGAUGUCCAAACUCGACCAAUACAACUCUAGUAUCUUUGUCAAUCCAACUUAUCUGACAUUUCCCACAUACGCGGCAUAUUAUAAGACACUCUCGGGUGGCAAAAGGGCAGCAGGUAUUGGGACAGCUGCUUUUGGUGGGCGUUUCUUGGACCGCACAGCACUGACAUCUUCACUGACGAAUCUCGACCUGAUGCUGAAUAUAACUGCAGGCUCACAAGGUCAAUUUACUUCUACAUGUGUUUCUCUAGUAGGAGGCGGCCAAGUCUUUGUUCCCGAUCCAAGUUCAGGUUUAAAUCCUGCUUGGAGGUCUUCAUAUGUACACAAUAUCGUAGCGCGUGGAUGGACCGCAGAUACCAACGAAGCCACCGUCCAAGAAAUCAAGGAUGAUAUAACAUACACGAAAGUUGGAGCAAUGAAGAAUUUGGCGCCUCAUACCGGAUGUUAUACGAAUGAAGCGAAUAGGUUGGAUCCAGAUUAUUUGCAGGAUUUCUACGGCGAGAGUUUGGCCAAGUUGAAAGAGGUGAAAAAUACUUAUGAUGGCGACGAUGUUUUCUAUUGUCCAACAUGUGUGGGAAGUGAGAAGUGGGUGGAGGAUAUGACUGGAAGACUGUGUCGGACGCCAUAG